AUGAUCCACAUAGGCGGCUACAACUUCAGCCUCCACAAGGGGAGUAUCGGCUUGAAAAAGCGAGGUAUAUUAUACGAUAUCGUGCCGUGGCAAUCGCCUCCUGAACUAUGGCGGGUACCAGUUCAGCCUGAACAACCCGAACAGUUUGAGGCAGAGGUGGAUAUGCUGCAAAUGGGCGAGGGCGUGUCGGUGUCGCGCCUACGUCGUAACUUUGGAGGAUUCCGUCAUCAAAGUCAAGAA